AUGAGCCUCGAUGACUCCUCCUCCCGUCCGCGCCAUGCCUCCUUACACCAGGAAGACGAGUGGAAACAUGGACAUCGUCGGAGUCGAGAACACGCUCGGUUCCCCACCGACACGACGGACGAAAUGUUCGUUAGAAUCCAGCCAUGGGCGGAGCACACCACGGCGAGCAAUGGCUUCGUGCCGCAGAACACUGUCAGUUGGCGUACCGAGCAAGCACCUACGAUACCGGUGCCGCCGCCACGGAAGUCGGCCCUUGGAAGGACAAUCGGUAAUAUUAGACAGCGCUGGAACUGGCGUCACUACCUGGCCCUAGCCCUGGUCAUCACCCUCAUAUUGGCCCUUUUGACCACAGCGGGCAUCUUACUUGCCGUCCUUCACAAGAAGCACGACGUCACCCCGGUCAACAUCUACAACUCGACGCUUGCCCCACCUCCAACUACAAACUAUCCAAACGACGGCUACGGAUAUGUGCGCGGGUUACAGAUGAGGGUCUUCAAAGUGCAGGACGGGAUUGAUUCGUUGUCUCCCGUCUACGAGUCUCCCGGCGUAUUUCUGGGCCUUUCCGGCUCAGAAAUCUACUAUUUCGACUCCAACGACCAAGACAACCCCCGGCAAACGUCAUCUGAAAUCGUGCGGAACGGAACGGAUUCUUGUCGUGUCCUUUCUGUAGAUACGGAAUGCUUCCACAAAAACGCACCCUGCCGAGCAGCCAACCUCAUCUACUGCUGCUCAAAUGGCCUCGACAACUACUGCUCCGUCGCCAACCACAGUCACCUGGCUCACGACGCCUUCCUAUCGACGUACAGAUACAGUGGCGUGUCCGCACUCAACUUUUCGACGAUAAGUCUCGGCAAUGGGACAAAACACCAGGCCAACUUUGAGCGCAUUGAGAUCCGGACCGAUUCGGCCAGUGUCGACCAGGGCCCAAUACAAUGUAUCAAUUUUGGAAAGAGCAUCACUGCUGCGGCGACGGCAUUUCGAGCUUCAACCCAAAAAGUCGAUUAUCUUGUCGCGGUCUCCGCAGAUGGCGAUCUCUACAUCAGCUCCCAAGAUGAUGGCGGAGAAUGUGGAGAAGAACACGAUCAAUUGACGCUCUCUUUAUCUAACUACCUCCCCGCUGAACCCCCUAUAUCCCUAGCUGUAGAUCUAGUAGAUGACCACGUCCAUAUUGCCGUCACUUUUCGAGAAAAAGUCUAUUUCCUCCUCUAUACCUCCUCGGCUAAACUCUACAUUCUCGAGGGUUACUACUUUUCCCUCAUCUUCCCCAUCACCAUACGCGGGUCUUUUUGGGCAAAUGAAAUCUUUUAUUUGUGCACGACCCUCGAAAAACUGGCCCUUCAGAUGGAGGAAGAACGGAAAACCAGGGUCGAUGUCCUCGCAACGAAAGAAUAUUUGACCGAGGAUGAGAUACGCCAAAAAUACUUUGGUCCAAAUGUUAGAAAGGCGGCGGCGAUGGGAAUAGAGGAAGAAGAAGCGCGGCAGCAAAAAUGGUGCGAGCUGUCGGAGAUGCGGCUUUUUGAGAAAGUAAUGGAGCACAAACCGGCGGGCCCGAUGCGGCAUUUCCACAUGUGCAUGCUGUACCGAUAUAUGAAUUUUAUCUACGAGGAUGAGAACACCGAUUUCGAGUAUUACUUGACAGAACGGGAUUUGAAAGAGCUGCAUACGAGGCGAGAAGUUGGCGGUUACCAAGCGUUGCAUGGCGUGUUGGUGUUCAAGCCGAAAUACUCGAUCCGGCCCUCUAUCGAGAUGAUUUGGGAAAAACUCGACGAGCUCUACGAUAUGGACGCUAUCGAAAAAAGCGAGCUCAUCCCGCCAAUGCUUACAGCGCAGAAUGACUUCUUCUUGCCCGACGGUCAAUUCGGCGAGCUGUUGGCGGCCAAGCAAGCGCUCGACAAAGAAGAUCUUAUCGAUGGACGCCGAGUCGAAGAUUUUGAGGUCAAGCUGACAGAGGUGAAGCCGGACAUUGGCGACGAGGAGGAGAAGGCUAACGAGACGGUUCAGACCACACCCGCGCCGGCGAAGAAAACGCGCAAGCGCAAGGCCCCGUCGACUUCAGCGGAAAAGGCGGAAACCCCUCUCCCGGCCGAGAAUUCCGAGCAGAAGCCGGAAACGAGCCCCGGCACCCCAAAGGACAACCGGCGCUCGAAGGAACGCCAACAGCCCGCGGAACAAAUGGUUCCGAUGCAGCUUGACGAAAUUCGCGGAAACAACCAAAAGCCCGCACCCCGGGACCCCACAUGGCCCAUCACUAAUCCGUGUUCAAAAGGCACCACCGCGAACUACAUUUGCCUAGCGUCAAAGGACGGCCACGAGUUCUACUUGCCGCUGAAGUGCGCCGAAGUGUCGACGACGAUUAAGGCCAUGAUCACCGGACCGGGCAGCGUCACCGAGGACGGCGAGAACAAUAUCAUUUACUUCCGGGACAUCAACGCGAAAACGCUGCUGCAAGUUUGCCGCUAUUUCAACUACAGGUACGAAUUCUCGCGAUCGAUCAGCCCCGAGAUACCUGAGUUCAACAUCGACGCAGACAGUGCCGUCGACCUGCUGAUGGCCUCCAAUUUCCUCGACUGC